AAGACGAAGACGAGAAAAACUUUGCUGCUGAAGAAAAUUUCCUACUUUGGCAAGUAAAAAGUUGAGAAACAGCCAAAAAAGUGCAAAAAUUACGGGAAAAUGCAGGACGAAAGUGUUUAAAGGAAAAGUGAUAUUUACAAAGAAUUAUUUAUGAAAAAAAUUAUUUUUGACGUAGGAAUAGGAAACGAUGUGCAAUAACGACAAAAUAAUCAAAAAUAUGGAAUCGAUCAAUUAUUGUAAUCGAGUGAUUUUUUAACAUUUUUACAAGAAAAAAAAAAUAUUAAAAAUUAAUUAAAAAAAAAAAAAUUGGUGAAAAAAAUGAUUUAAAAAAAAAAUCAUUUAAAAUUAAGGAUUAAAUUUUCACACAAUUUUAGACAGAAAAAAAUCUACAAACAACAAUUUUUGGGUGCAUUCAAGACAUUUUCAGCUAAAAACUAAAAAAAUAUUUGAACAAAAAUGUCGUCUGUGAAGGUAGCGGUGCGGGUUCGUCCCUUCAAUUCGCGCGAAAUUGUCCGCGAUGCAAAGCUAAUUAUCGAAAUGAGUGGCAACACAACCUCCAUCACGAAUCCCAAAUUGCCGCCCGGCGCUCCAGACUCUGUGAAACGCUUCAAUUACGAUUAUUCGUAUGCGUCGAACGAUCCCGACGAUCCCGAAUUCGCCAAUCAGCAAAUGGUUUAUGCCGAUAUCGGCGAGGAGAUGUUGCAACAUUCCUUUGACGGGUACAACGUGUGCAUUUUCGCAUAUGGUCAGACAGGCGCUGGCAAAUCGUAUACCAUGAUGGGCAAACAGGAGGAAGGACAAGAAGGAAUUAUUCCGACAAUUUGCAAAGAUUUGUUUCGACGCAUCGAGGAGACGACAACAGAUGACUUGAAGUAUUCCGUGGAAGUGUCGUACAUGGAGAUUUAUUGUGAGCGCGUACGGGACUUGUUAAAUCCGAAAAAUAAGGGGAAUUUGAGGGUGCGAGAACAUCCGUGCUUGGGUCCGUAUGUCGAGGAUUUGAGUAAACUUGCGGUUACGUGCUAUGAAGACAUUCACGAGUUGAUUGAUGAGGGAAAUAAAGCAAGAACCGUUGCCGCAACAAACAUGAACGAAACCUCCUCCCGUUCCCAUGCGGUCUUCACAAUUUUCUUCACGCAGCAACGCCACGAUCAAAUGACGGAUCUCAACACGGAAAAAGUCUCGAAAAUCAGUCUUGUCGACUUGGCGGGAUCUGAACGUGCUGAUUCAACGGGCGCCAAGGGAACGCGUCUCAAGGAAGGCGCAAACAUCAACAAAAGUUUAACCACACUGGGCAAAGUUAUUUCGGCAUUGGCGGAAAUUGCAUCAAAAUCGAAAAAAUCCAAAAAAGCUGAUUUCAUUCCGUAUCGUGACUCUGUCUUGACAUGGCUUUUGCGCGAAAAUCUCGGAGGAAAUUCAAAAACUGCUAUGAUUGCGGCAAUUUCUCCCGCAGAUAUCAAUUAUGAUGAAACUUUGAGUACUUUGAGAUAUGCGGAUCGCGCUAAACAAAUUGUCUGCAAAGCCGUCGUCAAUGAAGAUGCAAAUGCUAAACUCAUUCGUGAGCUCAAAGAAGAAAUUCAAAAACUCCGCGAAUUACUUCGUGCUGAGGGCAUUGAAGUUCAAGAAGGACCGGACGGUAAAGUGGUUUGUGAAAAGCGAGAUAUUAAUAAAGACGAUUGCAUCAUCAAGGACAAGGACAGCGAAUCCCCCACAAAAGGUCGCAAACGUACCGGAUCCAGCACCGAAAUGGCAGUUGAUCAAUUACAAGCGAGCGAGAAACUCAUCGCAGAGCUCAACGAGACAUGGGAAGAAAAAUUAAAACGCACGGAGCAAAUCCGCAUUCAGCGCGAAGCUGUUUUCGCCGAAAUGGGUGUCGCUGUGAAGGAAGAUGGCAUCACCGUCGGCGUCUUUUCGCCCAAAAUGACACCGCAUUUAGUCAAUUUGAACGAAGAUCCGACACUUUCCGAGUGUCUCUUGUACUACAUCAAAGACGGCGUCACGCGUUUGGGCACCGCCGAAGCUAAUUUACCGCAAGACAUUCAACUUUCCGGAUCGCACAUCCUCAAGGAACACUGCGUUUUCGAGAACAAAAAUGGCGUCGUGACUUGCGUGCCGCACGAUGGCGCCAUAAUUUACGUCAACGGCAAACAACUGCAAGAACCCGAAGUUUUAAUCACGGGAUCUCGCGUCAUUUUGGGAAAAAAUCACGUUUUUCGCUUCACACACCCGGAGCAAGCGCGCGAAAAAAUGAUGGAAAAAUCCAUGUGCGAAACUCCGGGCGGCGGAGAGGCAGCUGACUGGAAUUACGCGCAAAUUGAGUUGCUCGAGAAGCAGGGAAUCGAUUUGAAGGUCGAGAUGGAGAAACGAUUGGUUGCCUUGGAGGAACAAUUUAAGCGGGAAAAGCAACAAGCGGAUCAGGAAUUUGAGGAGCAGCGAAAAUGUUACGAAGCACGCAUUGAUGCCCUUCAGAAGCAAGUUGAGGAACAAUCUAUGACAAUGUCAAUGUAUAGCAGUUACAGUCCCGACGAUUAUCAUGCAGAAGAAGAUAUUUUUGUCAAUCCCUUGUUCGAGAGUUGCUGGUCGGCACGUGAAGCUGGAUUAGCUGCUUGGGCAUUCCGUAAAUGGAGAUAUCAUCAAUUUACGUCGUUGCGCGAUGAUUUGUGGGGUAAUGCGAUCUUUUUGAAGGAAGCAAAUGCGAUUUCGGUUGAAUUGAAAAAGAAGGUUCAAUUCCAAUUCACUCUCUUGACCGACACACUCUAUUCGCCAUUGCCGCCAGAAUUGCAACCAUCAUCGAAUGCCAUCACGGGAGGCACUCAAGAAGAUGAAUUCAAUGCUCCUCCAUUACCCCGAACAACUGUCGCUGUUGAAGUAACUGAUACCAAGAACGGCGCAACUCACUAUUGGAGCUUGGAAAAAUUGCGUUAUCGCCUUGAAUUGAUGCGACAAAUCUACAAUUCGAGCGAUAGUCCGCCGGAUUCAUUUCAAAUGUAUUCGUCGGCAGAUACGUCGCCCAAUGAUCCAUUGCCGGCAAGUAGUUUUGGCACAGAUGAUGACCAAACUACGCCAACCAAUGCACCGAAUGAGUUUAAUGCGAAUUAUUUUUUCAACUCUGCUCCGGGACAACAAGCGAACGAUAUCUUCCAAUGUUUUCAAACGACGUGCGCAAGUGUUGUCGCAAACUCUGCGAGACUCUCGUUAGCCAAUUUGAUUCCGUCGAGACAACGUUUGGAAUUAAUGCGCGAAAUGUAUCACAAUGAAGCCGAAUUAAGCCCAACGUCGCCCGAUUACAACGUCGAGUCACUCACAGGCGGCGAUCCCUUCUACGAUCGCUUCCCCUGGUUCCGCAUGGUUGGUCGUUCCUUCGUUUACUUGAGCAAUCUCGUGUAUCCCGUGCCCUUGGUGCACAAAGUUGCGAUUGUCAAUGAGCGCGGAGACGUUCGCGGAUACUUGCGUGUUGCGGUUCAACCCGUUUUGGACGAGGAACAAUUGGAUGCCAACAACGGCGUCAAGCAAUCUGCUCGCAUUGUCUUCGACGAAGAAGUCAAACAUCAGAAAUUCAGUCGUUCGCUCGCUGGAAAUGACAAAGAAGAGCGUUUCAUCGAAGGACAAGAAUGCAAAUUGGAAGAAUUGGAGCACGAGGAUGCGGAUUCGGGUCGCGGAGAUUCAAGUGUGGCUUCGGAAUUGCAUGAACAGAACGACGAGCAUGGAGAACAUUUGCAAAUUGGAAAGGAAUUUACUUUUAGAGUUACGGUUAUGCAAGCGACGGGCAUCGCAGCGGAAUAUGCGGAUAUUUUCUGUCAGUUCAACUUUUUACACAGACAUGAGGAAGCAUUUUCAACUGAACCGAUCAAAAAUACUGCAUUGGGAUCUCCUUUGGGAUUCUAUCAUGUGCAAAAUAUCACUGUUCCCGUAACAAAAUCCUUCAUCGAGUAUCUCAAGACACAACCGAUUGUCUUCAAAGUCUUUGGGCAUUACCAACAACAUCCCUUGCACAAAGAUGCAAAAACCGAUUGCCCAUCUCGACCUCCGCCACGUCGCAUGUUACCCCCAAGCAUUCCCAUCAGUCAACCAGUUCGCAGCCCAAAAUUCGGCCCAUUGCCAUCGGCGCCCUCAUCAACGGUUCUCGCAAAACACGACGUUCUCGUGUGGUUCGAAAUUUGCGAACUUGCUCCGAACGGCGAGUACGUUCCCGCUGUCGUCGAUCACAGUGACGAUCUUCCGUGUCGCGGAAUGUUCCUUCUUCAUCAAGGUAUCCAACGUCGCAUUCGCAUCACAAUUGUGCACGAACCGACACCCGAACUCAAAUGGAAAGACAUUCGCGAACUCGUUGUCGGAAGAAUUCGAAACACUCCCGAGCCAGCUGAUGACUUGGAUGACGCGGAUUCGUGCGUUUUGUCAUUGGGAUUGUUCCCGGGUGAGAUGCUUGAGGUACCCGGCGACGAUCGUUCGUACUUUAGAUUCGAAGCUGCUUGGGAUUCGAGUUUGCAUAAUUCAACUUUGCUCAAUCGAGUGUCGCAACAAGGCGAAAAUAUUUACAUCACUCUUAGCGCUUAUUUGGAAUUGGAAAACUGUGCUCGCCCCGCAAUCAUCACGAAAGAUUUGAGCAUGAUCAUCUACGGGCGUGAUGCUCGAACAGGCCCCUUGUCGUUCAAACGUCUCUUUUCGGGACAAUAUCGCAAUCCAGAGGCAAAUCGCUUAUCCGGCGUCUAUGAAUUAUCAUUGCGACGCGCUUCCGAAGCAGGUAGUCCAGGAGUUCAAAGACGUCAACGCCGUGUCCUUGAUACGAGCAGCACUUACGUUCGUGGCGAGGAAAAUUUGCAUGGAUGGCGCCCGCGCGGCGAUUCUCUCAUUUUCGAUCAUCAAUGGGAACUCGAGAAGCUCACACGCCUCGAGGAAGUUGGCAGAGUUCGUCAUUUCUUGUCGCUGCGUGAACGUUUAGGCAUGGAUACGACUCCAAAUCCGACGACAAAGACGGAAAAGGAUGUUUGCAACAUGGCAGCUCGUGCGGGACAAUCUCCCGUGCACAUGAUGAUUCCGCCGUCGCCCCAAACGCCCGUCAAAGAGACGCAAGAUUUGCCGGAGCGCGAAUUGACGCCGCAAGAACAGGAAUUGGUGCUAAAAUGCGUCAAAUUGAUCCAGGGACGCAUCGGAAAAGACGACAAGGAACCAAAUAACAAGAAUACGUUGCAAGUUGAUGCAUCGCCAGCUGACGAGGGAUGUGCUGACAUGACUGCUAGUUACAUAUCGGGCAACUCAAUUGAUUUAUGCUCACCCGAACGCGCUGAUGUUCCAAAUGUUUGGGGAGAAGCUCCUGCUCCCGUAAUUUCGCCUGAAUUGCCCCUUCGCUUGUACGUUCCAGAGUUGGAAGAGAUUCGUGUGAGUCCAAUUGUUGCUCGCAAGGGAUAUUUGAACGUUUUGGAGCACGGAGGCUCUGGAUGGAAGAAACGUUGGGUGAUUGUGCGUCGCCCAUAUGUGUUCAUUCAUCGAUCGGAAAAGGAUCCCGUUGAACGAGCAGUUCUUAAUUUGGCAACCGCACAAGUUGAGUGCAGCGAAGAUCAGGCAGCGAUGAUCAAAGUUCCCAACACUUUCAGUGUUGUUACCAAACAUCGCGGAUAUCUCUUACAAACAUUAGUUGACAAAGAAGUACAUGAUUGGCUGUAUGCCAUUAAUCCCCUAUUAGCAGGACAGAUCAAAUCUCGUCUCGCUCGACGCACCCAACAGACAGAUAAUCAACAAACAUCAGCAUUGCAAAAAGCACAGCAGCAGCAACAACAACAACAACAGGUAGCACAAGACGCAUCAUCUAAAUGAGAUACCAUUAUGAUGGAGUCUGUGCUAGUGUAUUAAAUCUGACUGACAUGAUUUGCCUUAAAAAGACAAGAAAAAAAUCUCUCUCCUACCUAAUUUAACUAAAAAAAGUUCUUUAGUUAAUUUUACUUUUAAGGCAAAAAAAGUAAAAAAAAAAUGAAAAGUACAAGAAAUCUCCAGUUAUAGAUCUGAUACAAAAAAAACUAUACACUAACACACAUUCCGCCGAGUAAAAAAAAUAUUUUGUAAGCACAGCUUAACUACGUAAAAUUAAGUGCUGAGAAAAAAAAUAUUGGAACAAUAAAUGGUGAGAGACGACCAUAUCAAGACUGUUUCCUAAAUAUUUCAAAAAUAAUAAAUAAUUAAAAAAAUCUUUUCUGUGCUUAAAAAAAAUUAAAUUCGUCUCAUACUCGAUCAAAAAAAUAUUAAAAAAUGACGAAUCUCCUAAAAAGUGAAAAAAAAAAUAAU